UGAUAUUAUCACUGAGGUAUCUUUUUGUAUUUUUCUGCUGGGGAUGGGCCAGAUUGGGAAGGGCGGUACGAGGGUGAGACUUGGCGUUGGUGUUUUGGAACAUCAAAGAUGGACAGGGUUUUCGCGGAGGUCGCUCCUCAGAUAUCUCCACAACUACAGAUCGGGGAUCUUCCAAAAUCGAGAAGAUUGCUGCAUACGGCUAGGUCUCUUCACCUUACAAUUUGUAUGGCAAUUUGGCCCGGGGUUGUGGUAUGGUAGGGGAGAAUGGGGGAUAAUCCCACGCAGGAGUUCCGAACGACGUCUGGUUCACGUUUGGCUAGAUAACUCCACCACCACACGGGGUAUGCGGUCGGCGAUGGCGUCAAAAUGCUCGUAUGAUCGAGGGCUUUUCGAUGGAUCUAUCGGCGGGUUCUUAUUCGAAAAAUCGAGCGAGUUCGUGGUGGAGCGGUUGAUCGUGAGAUAUGGCAUAGUCUGUACUUAUCUCAGCGGGCUCAGACCUCUGGCUCGGUUUGAACGGGUUGCAGCAUUAUUAUUAACUAGUUAAUCCGGCAUGACACUAACCUACUUUUGAUACAAGUCAUGUGCUCAGAGCAAUCCUCGCCAGAGGGUCUGAGAAGAAAUGAUUCCAUCUUCAAUGAAGAUUUCCAAGAUUUACAAGGAUUUUUCAGAUUCUUCAACUUUGACUGUCUAUUACUAUAUACCCACAUAUCUUUGAGAUUUGAAAAUCAC